AUGUGCUUAGCCUUCUCUCAAUACCAGUUUCCUAAUAAGACCUUAGUCACACGGCUUACACAUUACCAAUCCCUCGACUCUCCAUAUUAUGAUCCCACCAAAAGCACCAAGGACCUCGCCGACAUCGACUUAACGAGCUCGAUUUCCCGUGCAUUCUACUUGACCACCAACACCAGCAACGGCACCACCUCCAUUGAGCCGACGGACAUCGAGUCCCAACUGACUCCCGGAAAACUGAACGGCUUCCUUGUCCACCUCCAGGUUGGGUCGAACCAGGUCGACCAGUACGUGUACAUGGACACUGGGAGCAGCUUGCUCUGGGUCAAUUGCGAGCCGUGUGGAGUCGACGUGCCGUGGCCCAGACUCGACCCCAAGGACUCCUCGAGCUUCAAGGUAGAAGGUUGCGACUUCACCAGCGUUUGUGAUGACUCGGGCGCCAUCAAAAUCGACUGCGAGGACGAGAAUUACGACGUCAAAGGUUGCAAGUACGAGGUCGCGUACGGGAGUGGGUACAGCCGAGGGAAUCUCGCCAUUGAGACGUUCACGUUCAAAAAGGUGGCCGAUAGCAACGAGACCCUCACGGGCGUCGUGUUCGGGUGCGCGCAUAGCACCAACUUGUUCAUGAACGGGAUCCUCGGGCUGGGCCACGGGCCCUUGUCCCUCUUCUCGCAGUACAGCGCGGCCAAGUUCUCGUACUGCAUAGGGAACAGGAGCGACAGGUCGUACGCCCACAGCAUGCUGAUCGUCGGGAACAAAACCGAGCUGUGGGGCCCACAGACCCCUUUGGUCGUCGAGGACAAGUACUACGUGAACCUGGUGGGGGCUGCCAUCGGGGAGACCAACCUGGAGCUCGACCCGAAGAUGUUCAGGAGGAACAGCGACGAUUACACGGGCGGUAUGGUGGUGGACAGCGGCACGACUCUCAGCUUUAUCCCACAGGUGGCGCUGACCAGCUUUGAGGACACAACAAGGCACUUGAUUGAAAAUGAGCUGGGCCUUAAUCUGCGACCAAAUGACACCAUUGCUUACGGGCCUUACACGAGGUUGUGUUAUAAUGGGGUCGUGACGAGGGACUUGGAGAGGUUCCCGAACGUGAAGCUAUCUUUCGAGGGCGGAGCAGUGAUGGAGCUAACCCCGGACAACAUAUUUCAGCAGGUCGACGACCACAACUUCUGUUUGGCGAUCCUGCCGUCCGAGAUUAUGAAGACGACAAUUAGCAUCCUUGGAAAUUUGAUGCAGCAAAACUUUUAUAUAGCUUUCGAUGUUGAGGCCAAGAAAUUGUCGUUCAAAAGGAUGAAAUGCAAGACUGUCGAGGAUUAUUAUGAUCGCGACGUGUAA